AAACUAUUAUUUAGAAAUGUUAAAAAAUUUAAAAAUAGAAAUAUUCUCUCCCUUAUAAUUUUGAUAAAACCCUUUAAAAUCCCAUAUUAGAUACAAUAAUUAUAUUAAAAAUAGAAAGAAGACUUACUUAUCUUGUACAGUAAUUUACAAUUUUUAAUAAUAUAACAAUUAAUUAAUUAAUUAAUAAUUAUUAUUUUUUGUCCCAGGUUAGGUUAGGUGGGAGACCUUUCCUCUACUAACUCCGCUUUUGACCCUAUCUCUUCGACAGACACAGAAACUUCUCCUCUCUCAAACACAUCUUCUCAUCUUUUACUUGCAUCUUAUUAGGUCUGAUUCACGCUCAAUCACCAUCUUUCUCCACCACAUCUUGUUUCGGAGAUUUGAGUCUAUAUCGUCUUGGUAUAGAUGGUUUUUGCUUUCUAUAAUAUGUUUAUUUUUUUAGGUUUACACAAUAUCAUUUACGGCUAAAGGUUUGAGUUCAUGUCAUAGAAAUCUUAGAUUUUCUUAUUUAUUUUUUCACAAACCAUUUCAUUUUGAGUCCAUUUCGAGAGAAAUCUUUGGAUUUGAUCAGUUUUUUGUUUUUGUUAUCAGAUUUUGUAAGACUCAAAUCAAACCUGUACACUUCAAAAAAAAAAAAAAAAAUCUAUUGAAGAUGUUCGGUUGUGGUGAUUUGGUAUUGUACGUUGCAUCCAAUUGGUCCCUUAGAAUUGAAAUUGGAGAAAAUUUAGUAAUUAAAUUUUCUCCAAUUCCAACAUUAAGAUACCAAUUGGGUCAUGGGGCUCCAAAGACCGAUACCAACAAAGAUAUAACCAUGAUGGGUCAUUUAUCAGAGGCACAGAUUAGAAGGGACUGGAGAUCAAUCCGAGAGAAUCGAAAUGAAAGGAUGUAAUCAUGGUCUUCGUCCUUAUCUGCAACAAAGGCCCUUCAUUCUCGGUUUUGAUAAGACCAGAACAAUCUCCACUAGGGUCGCUCAUGGGAAAGCACCGAGAAUUGCAAAGGCCCUUCAUUCUCGGUUUUGAUAAGACCAGAACAAUCUCCACUAGGGUCGCUCAUGGGAAAGCACCGAGAAUUGGAUGUAAUCAUGGUCUUCGUCCUUAUCUGCAACAAAGGCCCUUCAUUCUCGGUUUUGAUAAGACCAGAACAAUCUCCACUAGGGUCGCUCAUGGGAAAGCACCGAGAAUUGUGGGAUUCAGCCAUCUUGGGAGGCUCCAUGAUGACCUUGUCUCGUCGCCUAGUACAAGACUCCGCUUUCUCUCUUCGAUAUCUAUUUUAGGUACAACCAUAGAUCUUAAGUGUCCUUAUCUUAAGGAUUAUAAAAAGGAGUUCUUUGGUGGGGAGUACCAAAAAAAGUUGGAAGAGAUUGGAAGGUACCUUGAUUGUUUAGAUUUGGACAUUGGACAGUUGGAGGGUAGGGUUAUUACAAUACCUGAUUUCAUGAUGUGGAUUGAGUUUACUGGGGUUGACAUAAAUGAGAUAUACCGAUGUAUGAAAGAGCAACGCAUUUUUGUUGUUAGAUCUUCUAACACAUAUGUCGAAAUUGGAAAUUGUUAUAUUGAAAGCCUACUUCAAUCUCCAAUGGGAACCUUUAGAUGGACAUGUCCCCCUUGGGGUUGCUAUGCGAUGAAUUCUGAUGGAUCAUUUUGGAAGGGUCAGAAGGGAAAGGCAGCAUGGGCUGCUGUCUUGAGGGACUAUUCCGGUGAGAUCCAAGAGAUCAAAACAGGUUCCCUAAUAACAAGUACAUGGGGAAAUUUUUUUGGAAAGCAAGUGGAAGAGGCCGAAGGUUAUGGCAUUUAUUACGGGUUUGUUUGGGCCAAGAGGCUAGGCUAUAAAAAAGUCUUCGGUUACUCUGAUUGUAAAUCUGUUGUUGAUGCUAUAAAUGGUGAAAGGAGUUUGUAUUUUUGGGAUCUCAAGUAUCUUAAGUUGUACAAAAAGGUGAAAAACAUAAUGGCUUCAUUUGAAUUCUGCACAUUAGAGUGGCAGCCUCGUGAAACAAAUGAGGUUGCUGACUUUGUUGUCAAACAAACGAUGAGAGGCGUCGACUUUGAUGAGGAAGAGGCCAAACGGCUUGCAAAAGAAGAUCUGAUUCACAUUUAUAAAUGGAGUUGAAUUCUGUAAGUAGUACAGUUUUUUUUUUUUUGGGUGCUAAAAGACUUGAAUUUGGCAAGUGUUUGAUUUGAGGAGUUUAGUAUUUUGCUAAAGACUUGAAUUUGUCAAGUGUUUGAAUUUGUAUUUGGAGAAUUACUUUCCACUUCUUCUUUUGAAAACAGGUUCAAUUUUAUCAUAGAGUUUGAUUCUA